CUCGUUCUAUAGGUACUUAGAUACUAUGCGAACGCUCCCGUUACUAUUUGACGUUUGACAUUUGAAGUUUGACUGCGCGGUUUACAGUGGUUCUGAAUACAGUGUUUUGGUAUUUUAUAUAUUUUUAUUUCAUUUUACAAUUAUUUUACAAUUGCAAUGAUCACAUAAAUUAUACAAGCUAUAAGGGAUUCAAGUGUACUAUUAUUAAGUAUAGUUUCAUACAUCAAAUCAGUGUAAAUAUAUUACGAAACAAACCUAAUUGUUACGUGUUUAGCGAUAAAUAAUAUUAUCAUCGACUGCAGAGAGCCGAAUAAGUUUUAAUCAAUAAAAACCGCAGAAUCGAAACGAGGUUAUAACUGUGCGAUUGAAUACGGUCGUAUGUACAGUACGGCUGUAUGAUAAACUCGAGAGAUACGGUGCGCACAUAGCGACUACAUCAAAGUACAAAGGUCAGUAACUAUGAGUGGUAAAUUGUUAAAAAUUCUAAUUCUUGGUGCGCCAGCUUCAGGCAAGGGCACAAUAUCGUCCCGGAUAGUGAAGAAGUAUGCUGUGGCACAUGUGUCCAGUGGCGACAAGCUGAGGGACCAUAUUGAAAAACAAACUGACCUAGGUAAAGAAGUUAAAAAGUACUUGAAUGAAGGGAAACUUGUACCUGACGAUGUCAUGAUCAAAUUUAUGAUCACAGAAUUAAAAAAAGUUGAAGACAAACCAUGGCUGCUGGAUGGAUUUCCAAGGACUGUGGGACAAGCUGAUGCUUUGUGGAAGGUACAACCAGUUGAUGUUGUAGUUAACUUAGUAGUGCCUUUUGAGGUAAUCAUAGACAGAGUGAAGAACCGCUGGGUGCACUUGCCCUCAGGCCGAGUUUAUAACAUUGGCUUCAACACUCCUAAAGUGGAAGGUAAGGAUGAUGAGACAGGUGAGGACUUGGUUCAGAGACCUGAUGACAAGCCUGAAGCUGUACGCAAGCGGCUGGAGAUCUAUGAAAGUGUGACAAGGCCAGUCAUAGAGUUCUACAAAGCAAAAGGUAUACUAAAAGAGUUUGAAGGUCGCACUUCAGAUGAAAUUUGGCCAAAAGUAACAGCUUAUUUAGAUCCUAUUUUUAAAAAGUAAGCCUGUAUAUUUAUUUAUUAUAGAUCUAGGCAGCACACUAGAUAUAGAUUUGCAGAAAUGAAUUGUACUGGUGCUAGGAAUAAUAGUAUUAAGAGUUAUCAGCCUAUGACUAUAUUUUAUAGAUUUUUUUUAUAAUUGUUAUAUA